UAGGCGGAGGCAAAAUUCCAGCUUUAGUACCGGGUGCCUGUGUUCGAAAACAGUGUUUGGGGAAUGCAACAGCAAUGUGCCACCAGUGCUGCGUAGUUUCGUACUUUCUAUCUGGAACGGAUGCGUGGGCGUUUUGCUUUUGUGCUACUAAAUGUAAGAGCUUGAAACACACGGGCACAGGACGGAACUGUGGUGUGCAGCUGCGCCUAUGUGUUUUGAGCUCGCUCGCCUUCCCUUCAGUUCACGGCGUUGUUUUACGCCGAGGUGCAACUGGCGCGGUUUCCAACGUGCUUAGGCUGGAUUUUAGCAAUUGACAAGAGCACGUGGCAGGAAAUGAAUACGUUUUGAGAGCAACUUCAUAAAUUUUAACCUUACUGCAAGUUCGUGCUGUUGUGUUUUUUUUUUGUUUCUCCUUUUUAUCAACACUGCUUACUAUCAAUAUUCAAGGCCUUCUAUACCACAUGCGUGCCUUUCGGAAAGCACGUGGUAUCCUUCCUGUAUUUUUUAGCGCCGUAUACGCCGUAUAUGUAUAGAAACAGGCCAGAAAAACACGGCACAAUAAAACGAAGCAGUGCGCCGAAGUGGUGCACCUCUGUCAAGGUGAUCUCGCGUAAAUACUGCACAUCUUGUAAAUCGACGGCAUCCGAAACAACAGUAUACACGUGAUACACGAUGUGGUUUCUGGCGGUGACGCUGGCGCUUGCUGCCACGAAAGGCGCUGCCAGCGGCACGUACUGUGGCACUAACAACGAAAACUGCGAUGCCUAUCAGGUUAUUUCGUCGUCCCAGUCGAAGUACUUUGGAGGCACCACAUCGGAGAUUGCUGAGUCCUCGUGCGUGGUCAUGGUCCCACAGUCUCUGGAUGAAGCCGGACGUACUGCCGACUACAUAUUUCUUGGGAGAGAGAACAGUUCGGUACCAUUCACGAACGAGACUACGACCCUGAUCGCGGGAAGCAGUCCUGGCUCUGAUUCUCUGACUGUUUUCUUUCCCCAAUGGGAGUAUACAAUGACCAUUAUCGCCAGAGCGUAGCACCUUCUUUAGAAUCAAGGCAAACAUGCCUAAAAAUGAAUAGGAAGAAUUGC